GGAAGGAAGGUGGAGGUGGAAGGUAGAAGGUGUGAGGAUUUUGCAGGAGGCAAACGCGUAGACUGAAAGGGGAAAGAUUCACGCAUACAUAGGCUAAAUAUCAAUGAGGGAAAAACAAAACCCUAGAAAAAACAACCAAGAAGAAGAAGAAGAAGGUAUUAGCAAUUCAAUCAAUAAUAAUAAUGGCGAAGAAGAAGACGAUGACGACGAUGUUUAUGGCUAUGGCGUCACUAUUAGUUUUGCUAAUGAUCUCUACCUUCCAUGUCGAUUCAGUUUUGGGGGGCGAGAUGGGAGGUUACGCCAGGAGUUCUUCUUCAAGAUCAAUCCAUGAUACAAUAACUGUCUAUAGUCGCCAAUCCUAUUGUACUAGUAUACCAAGAACAACUCAUCAGAAACUGAAUUCAUCAUCACCAUCGACCGAUUCCAAAUCCGAACGAAACGCGAUUAUGAUUGCGUUCUUUGCUGUUCUGUUUAUUGUUGUCAUGAUAUUUAGCUCGCAAAGCAAGGAUUCUGUGCUCAUGGUUCAGGUUGCUUUUGACGGUGCUACUGAUCAAAUUGAAAGAGAUCUUGACUUGAUUUCAAUGGUUUCUGACACUCCGACUGCUCUCGGCUUACACUUGAUGUUAUCAAGUGUGUUCUUCUCCUUCUUCUUCUGUCUUUGGGUUUAUUUUAAAAUUUUGGGUGUCUAUAACUAGGGCUAAAACUAAAAUGA